CCCGUUGUCCCAUCAAAUCGUCGCCAUGAUCGCUACGGGCGGUCUGCUGCGUACGAACCGGCGCCAGGACUCCCAGCAAACCAAGAACCACGCUGAGAACCAGAGGAAGAGGAAACCAGCAGAGAGGAAGAAGAACAAUGUGGUGGUGGUGGGUAGCAUGAUGGAUUACAAACUACAGUACCCAUAAUGCUCUGUUGUAUUGUAUCUGAUUUUGUUUUAGGUUCCAUCCCAAUAAUCUCUCCUUUCUCCCAAUAUGUACAGUUUGUCUUCUUCACUUCUCUUCAUGGAUUUGAAAGGAAAUUACUGGUAUAUGGAAACUCCCUCUAGGCUAAUACUUUUAAAUACUUUUACAUGUGUGGGAGGUAGUGAACGUGGAAGGAGAGAUUAUUGGGACGCAACCUUAGCUGUUCCUGAAGCUAACAUGGUAAAGAUGUCCUGUCUGUCUCUUUAUGAAUUCAGGUGAAGGGGAAACUCAACCUGUGUUCCCCAUCUGGGCUGGUGGCUGCGGUGGGGGUGGUGGUGUUGAUGGUGGGGAUAGCCAUGGCUGUACUGGGCUACUGGCCACAUGAAGGCCACAGCCAGACGAGGGCUGAGUUGACCAACCAGACUGUUGGGGAGUUGACCAAACAGACUGUUGGAGAGUUGACCAACCAGACUGUUGGGGAGUUGACCAACCAGACGAGUGUUGAGUUGACCAACCAGAUGAGUGUUGUUAUCAAUGGAAGUGUUCCUCAACCUGUAUCUGUUAAUGGAAGUGUUCCUCAACCUGUAUCCGUUAAUGGAAAUAUACCUGUAUCUGUAUCUACACCUCCUCGUCCUCCCUCAGGUGGGUUUCUCUCUGAGUUCCUGGACAACUAUCUCCACUCAGACAACUUGAAGGUGUUUGGGCCCUUAGUAAUGGGGAUUGGCAUCUUCCUCUUCAUCUGCGCUAACGCCGUGCUCCACGAGAACAGAGACCUGAAGACCAAAGUCAUCAACCUCAUAGAUAUCUACUCCAUGGUCAUCGACCUCCACAGCACACGGACCAAGGACCACUCGCCGAUUAACGGACUGGUGAACUAUGAGCAGUCCAGGGGCAGUAUGGACGUAAAUUCGUUCAAUCCUGGCGGGAUGCUAGAGUUAGGUAGCGGUGAGCAGCAGUCUGGACGACCAUCAAUGGCGGGCCGGCAGCGUGGCUGGUCCAGAGACAACCAGACAUUCACGGAAAGUGUGUAUAGCAUCUACAGAGACCAGAAGCGCAGGUACAGUAAACCCACAUGUCUGUUGUUUUAAAAUGUAGGAUUUUUGUCUGCAUGUACAUUUUGUAUAGCCUCGUUUGACCAUCCUGAUUACGCAAGAUCACGUUAUGUUCCUCUGCAUCGCUGUUGGUUACUGCAGGUGUUUUAAACAUUUUUUUUAAUAACAAAUGGGAGUAUUAAAUGGUAUUAUACGCAGUUUUACAGUGUAUUAGGAAAGUAUUCAGACACCUUGACUUUCUUCACAUUUAGUUACGUUACAGCCUUAUUCUAAAUAUGUAUUUAUUUAUUUUUUCGUCAUCAAUCUACACACAACACCCCAUAAUGACAAAGCGAAAACAGGUUUUUAUAAAUGUUUAUACAUUUAUAAAAAAUUAAAAAACAGAAAUAUCUUAUUACAUAAGUAUUCAGAACCUUUGCUAUGACACUCGAAAUUAAGCUCAGGAGCAUCCUGUUUCCAUUGAUCAUCCUUGAGAUGUUUCUACAACUUUGAUUGGAGUCCACCUGUGGUAAAUUCAAUUGAUUGCACUUGAUUUGGAAAGGCACACACCUGUCUAUAUAAGGUCCCACAGUUGACAGUGCAUGUCAGAGCAAAAACCAAGCUAUGAGGUAGAAGGAAUUGUCUGUAGAGCGUCGAUAUAGGAUUGUGUCAAGGCACAGAUCUGGGGAAGGGUACCCAAAAAUGUCUGCAGCAUUGAAGGUCCCCAAGAACAUAGUGGCCUCCAUCAUUCUUAAAUGGAAGAAGUUUGGAAACACCUAGACUCUUCCUAGAGCUGGCCGCAAGGCCAAACUGAGCAAUCGGGGGAGAAGCGCCUUGGUCAGGGAGGUGACCAAGAAUCCGAUUGUCACUCUGUGGAGAUGGGACAACCUUCCAGAAGGACAAACAUCUCUGCAGCACUCCACCAAUCAGGCCUUUAUGGUAGAGUGGCCAGACGGAAGCCACUCCUCAAUAAAAGGCACAUGAAAGCCCGCUUGGAGUUUGCCAAAAGGCACCUAAAGGACUCUCAGACCAUGAGAAACAAGAUUCUCUGGUCUGAUGAAACUUCUUGGCCUGAAUGCCAAGCGUCUCGUCUGGAGGAAACCUGGCACCAUCCCUAUGGUGAAGCAUGGUGGUGGCAGCAUCAUGCUGUGGGGAUGUUUUUCAGCGGGAGGGACUGGGAGACUAGUCAAUAUCGAGGGAAAGAUGAACGGAGCCUUUCAUUUGUUACAUUCACUGCUAAAAUUGACAACAUUUGACUCUGACGAAGGCCUUGAGGCCGAUACGUAAAGCUUAUUAAAGAGCAGUGAUACUAUCAAGAGCAGUGUGCAGGUUUCUUAUUUUUUUCUCAAACUACACUGAACAAAAAUAUAAACGCAACAUGCAACAAUUUCAAAGAUUUUACUGAGUUACAGUUCAUAUAAGGAAAUCAGUCAAUUGAAAUAAAUUCAUUAGGCCGUAAUCUAUGGAUUUCACAUGACUGGGAAUACAGAUAGGCAUCUGUAUACAGAUACCUUAAAAAAAGGUAGGGGCGUGGAUCAGAAAACCAGUCAGUAUCUGGUGUGACCGCCAUUUGCCUCAUGCAGCGUGACACAUCUCCUUCACAUAGAGUUGAUCAGGCUGUUGAUUGGGGCCUGUGGAAUGUUGUCCCACCACGCUUCAAUGGCUGUGCGAAGUUGCUGGAUGUUGGCGAGACCUGGAACACGCUGUCGUACACGUCGAUCCAGAGCAUCCCAAACAUGCUCAAUGGGUGACAUGUCUGGUGAGUAUGAAGACCACGAAAGAACUAGGACAUUUUCAUCCUUGCGACAUUGGACCCGUGCAUUAUCAUGCUGAAACAUGAGGUGAUGUCGGCAGAUUAAUGGCACGACAAUGGGCCUCAGGAUCUCGUCACGGUAUCUUUGUGCAUUCAAAUUGUCAUCGAUAAAAUGCAAUUGUGUUCAUUGUCCGCAGCUUAUGCCUGCCCAUACCAUAACCCCACUGUCACCAUGGGGCCCUCUGUUCACAACGUUGACAUCAGCAAACCGCUCGCCCACACAACGCCAUCUGCCCGGUACAGUUGAAACCGGGAUUCCUCCAUGAAGAGCACACCUUUCCAGCGUGCCAGUGGCCAUCGAAGGUGAGCCUUUGCCCACUGAAGUCGGUUACGACGCCGAACUGUCAGGUCAAGAGACUGGUGAGGACGACGAGCACACAGAUGUGCUUCCCUGAGACGGUUUCUGACAGUUUGUGCAGACAUUCUUAGGUUGUGCAAACCCACAGUUUCAACAGCUGUCCGGGUGGCUGGUCUAAGACGAUCCCGCAAGUGAAGAAGUCGGAUGUGGAGGUCCUGGGCUGGCGUACUGCCAAAUUCUCUAAAAUGAUGUUGGAGGUGGCUUAUGGUAGAGAAAUGUUCAAUUCUCUGGCAACAGCUCUGGUGGACAUUCCUGCAGUCAGCAUGCCAAUUGCACGCUACAUCAAAACCUGAGACAUCUGUGGCGUUGUGUUGUGUGACAAAACUGCACAUUUUAGAGUGGUCUUUUAUUGUCCCCAGCACAAGGUGCACCUGUGUAAUGAUCAUGCUGUUUAAUCAGCUUCUUGAUAUGCCACACCUGUCAGGGGGAUGGAUUAUCUUGGCAAAAAAGAAAUGCUCACUAACACGGAUUUAAACAAAUGUGUGCACAACAUUUGAAAGAAAUACGUUUUUUUUUGGCGUAUGAAACAUUUUGGUGACUUUUAUUUCAGUUUAUGAAACAUGGGGCCAACACUUUACAUGUUGUGCUUAUAUUUUUGUUUAGUAUAAUUACGCGAUCCAUGAAUGGUGGUCCUCGGGAGCUUUUGACUGUGAUUUGGUGGUCCCCGGAACGGAAAAGGUUGGGAACUAAUGCUCUAGAGAUGUGUAGAUUACAUUCUGUUCCUCUAGAUAUGUGUAGAUCAGAUUCUGUUUCUAUAGAUAUGUGCAUAUCACAUUCUGUUGCUCUAGAUAUGAGUAGAGAAUAGAAUGUGAUCUGGCAUGAUCCGGAUGGUCGAAUGAGGCUACAUUGUAUAUUGUUUUGUAUGCUGCAAAAUUAAUUGCCUCAUUGAGGACAUUAAAACGUUUUCUAAUCUAAUCUAAUCGAAUGCUGUAUUUCUGUUUUAAUCAGGUGGACCAGGCGUCCUGAGGGGAUAAAUAAAGUUGUUUUGAAUUUCAUUGCAUUAAAGUUUUCUAAUCUUAUCUAAUCAGGUGUUCAGAGCAGGCACCCUACCCCAGACAGUGGGACUCAGAGCAGACCUCGUACCCCAGGCAGUGGGACUCAGAGCAGGCUUCGUACCCCAGACAGUGGGACUCAGAACAGGCGCCCUACCCCAGGCAGUGGGAGGGUACAGCAUCCAUCGUCAGUUCUUCUGUUAACGCCUUCACCCUCCCAAUCAUCACACUAAACAACUGUGAGGUGGAGGAGGGGGGGCAGGCCGAGAGAGAGGGGACAGAGGGGUGCUCGGAGGAAGAGAUCAUAAAAGUCAAGCAUUUUUGUGGAAAUGGGAUCGAGGAAGAGCACAUAGCAGGCUACAGUCAAAGUCUGGGUACUACAGAGAAGGAUUCUUCAAAGAGGACCUUGAUGAAUCCCCUGGAGUCCUAUAGUCAAAGUCUGGGUACUACGGAGAAGAAUCCUUCAAGGAGGACCUUGAUGGAUACCGAAAAAUCCUAUAGUCAAAGUCUUUGCACUAAAGAGAAGGAUUCUUCAAAGAGGGCCUUAAUGAAUCCCCAUGAAUCCUUUAGUCAAAGUCUGGGUACUACAGAGAAGGAUUCUUCAAAAAGGGCCUUGAUGAAUCCCCUGGAGUCCUAUAGUCAAAGUCUGGGUACUACAGAGAAGGAUUCUUCAAAGAGGACCUCAAUGAAUCCCCAUGAAUCCUUUAGUCAAAGUCUGGGUACUACAGAGAAGGAUUCUUCAAGGAGGGGAUCAUUGAAGGAUGUCUUCAGGAGGAGCUCGACCUCGUUGAAUCCCCAGGAGUAUGAGAGUGGUACAGUAAUGACUCUAACUGAACCGCAGGGGGCGCUACAAGGACAGACCCUCACCCCACAGGGCUCCCAACUGUUCCCCCCCUCUCCCGUUUCCAGGGCUAUGAUGGGGAUGGGAUCUCGCUUGUCACUCAACUCCCUCUCCAGCCCAGGGGAGGACCAGCCCCAGUCAGCACGACGAUGCAGCCUCACCGUGGCCGUCUGUCGUCAAGGAGACCGGGCUCGCCGGUUCAGCUGUACGCGUCUGGAGCGGUCAAACAGUAAGGGAUACAUCAAACUGGAAACCAUGGGUGGAGAGUCCUUAGAGGCACCAGAUGUAGUGACUUCCUGUGUGCCUGAAUCGAAUCAGGAAGAG